CCUCCGGACGGCCCGAGUUAAAGGUAAUGAUGUCAUGAGCGGUCGGGGCUCCGUCAGUUUGAAGCGGUUUUCGUUCGUGUUAGGGCCGUUGGCCGAUGGUCCCGAGUCACUGGAGGUUUACAUUCCCGAGGUACUCGAUCCUCAAUAUGGCUUGUACAUAUGGCCAUGUUCAGUGGUUCUGGCACAAUACGUGUGGUUUAACAAAAGCGAGGUCAAAGGAAAGACCAUAUUAGAGAUUGGAGCUGGUGCAAGCUUACCCGGUAUUGUCGCAGCAAAAUGUGGUGCCAGUGUAAUUUUAUCAGACUCUGCAGUGUUUCAGAAUUGUUUGGAUAACUGUCAGCGAAGCUGCCAGAUCAACAAUCUUGAAGAUGUGCCUGUCAUUGGUCUAACCUGGGGACAAAUAUCUCCUGAUCUGGUGCAGUUGCCACAAAUAGACAUUAUUCUAGGAUCUGAUGUGUUCUAUGAACCUGAAGACUUUGAGGAUAUAUUAACAACUGUUUUCUACUUGAUGCAAAAAAAUCCAAGUGCACUAUUUUGGACCACCUAUCAAGAAAGGAGUGCUGAUUGGUCAAUUGAAGCAUUGCUGUACAAAUGGAACUUGAAGUGUAUUCACAUUCAGCUAGAAACUUUUAGUGCAGAUGAAGAACAUCUUGCUGGAUCAGCUCUACCUGGAAGUCACACUGUUCACAUGAUGAUUAUUGGUUUAAAGAGUAACAUUACCUCAGUAAUCUAAAGUUGCUCCCGUCCUUGUAGUUAAGAGGAUUGUCAUUUCCAUCACAACCACCCUAUUCCCCAAUUACUUGCAUGGGUCAUAUUAAAGGAACAAAAUCUUAUCUUUCAAAGUAAAGUUGCUCUAUCAACCAAGGCUAUUUCAAUUAAAAGUGCAAAUUCAAAAUGUAUCUUCAAUUAUAGUUUUCUAAGCAACAAAUUCUGUAGAGUUCCCGUUAAGACUUGGUUACAUGAAUGAAGUGGAAUUAUGGCUUAAUAAAUAUGAUUUAAAUAAAUGGAAGCAGAGUAUCUGAAUUCAGAACAGUCUCUGCAAUGAUUACAUGCUCCAGUUGAUUAGAGCUCUAGUUGUAAUCAAUCUUGCCCCUUUUCUGGUCUUGGGCAUGUUGGGACUGAGCUAUGUCGCUUGAGCACCAUUUAUACACGUAGAUUAGAUGACGAGUUGCACUACAAAUCUGAGGCAUAUGCAACCUUUUACUACUGUGAUCCAACUUCAGCAGUCAGAAAAUCAGUUUUAUUAUUUGUGAUAGUUUGUUUAAUGAAUUCUAAAUGUAGAAUGUGUCUGGCGCAGGGCUGAGACAGGCAGCAAAGUUAAUCUCUGGAUCAGUUCAUGACAACUUAUUCUAACAACUAGAGUACUUAAAUACUACUUUAGAUUAGAAAACAAUGAAAUAGAGAUUUUACUCCAUUUAAACCAAACAUAGCAACAAACAUAAAUCUCCAUUAAUUGCAGUGAGUUAAUUUCACUGUCAAACUGAUACAUUAUUGAAUUUAUCUCCUCAUUCUGCCUACCUGUAGCAAUAUCACCAUAUGGAUUCUUGGUGAUAUUAAAAACAUUUGAAACAUAAAUACUGUCACCCCCAGUUCAUUGAAAAUGUUGGAAAACUUAUUUCUUGACAGGUCCAGGUAGUGUGCACAAUUAUGGAGAAAUCCUCUUGCUAUAUGAAGUGUCUCUCCUUUGAGUUAACAAGGCAUCUCUGCUAUCAAUAACUAGAAAGAAACAUGUCCCAUUGACCAGUGUAAAGUCUGAACUCCAAAGUGACAGAACACAUUGAAUUUAACAGCAUUAACAAAAAGCUAAUGUAAGUUUUUCUUAAGAUGGCUUCUGAAGAAUUUAAACAGAAGUACCCAUGUAGCCUCGAUUUCAAUCUACCAUUUAUCAAGUUCCUGAUUACCUAAUUUUACUUCCCUUUCCUGCAUGUGAGCCAUCCAAUUACGAAGUAGGCUCAAGCACAAGCUACUGUAAAAAGCUACUUCAUAAGCAAUCAACAAAAUUACCUCGUGUUCCGACAUCAACCUGAUUUUCCCAAUCCCCUUGCAUAUUUAAGGCCCCCAUUACAAUUGUAACAUUACCCUUAUUGGAUGCCCUUUCCAGCUCCCUUUGCAAUCUCAACCCCACAUCUUGGCUACUAUUUGGAGACCUAUAUAUGAUUCCCAUAAUUUUUUUUUAAACCCUUGCAGUUUCUGAACUCCACCGAUAACAAUUCAACAUUCUCUGACCCAAUCUUAUCUCUUUCUAUAGAUGUAAUUCCAUCUCUUAACAACACGGCCACACCAACACCUAUGCCUUACUGCCUGGUUUUCAAUACAAAGUAUAUUAAGCUCCCAACUAUAAUUUUCUUUCAACUACACUGAUGCCCACAACAUCGUAGUGACCAAUCUCCAACUGUGCCACAAGUUUAUCCAACUUAUUCCGAAUACUACAUGAAUUUAAAUACAGCACCUUCAGUCCUGCAUUCUUCGCACUUAUGAAUUUUGCCUCUGUGGUACAAUUUAACACUUUGCGCUGUCUGCAUUUGUACCCAAUCAUUGGGUUGUCCUUCCUUACAUUCAUAUUACAUCAUCUACUGGUAAAUCUACUCCAUCAAUGCUGUCCUCAUCCACAUCUCUUCCAUUUCAUGCAUAUCUGCCCUCACCCAUCCUCCUGCUGCCACACCAGCAAUAGGGCUCUUAUCCUCAUCUACCACGCCACCAGUCUCCAUGCCCAGCACAUAAUUCUCUGUAAUUUCCGUCAUCUCGAAUGGGAUUCAAUCACCACCAAGCACACCUCUUCCCAACACCCACCCCCAAACAAUUUACGCAGGGAUCGCUCCCUACACUACCCACUUCUCCAUUUGUCUCUCCCCACUGAUAUCCCUCCUGCCAUUUAUCCUCGCAAGUUGAACAAGUGCCAUACCUCCCCCCCACCAACGAGCAUUCAGGGUCCCAAACAGUCCGUCCAGGUGAGGCAGCGCUUCACCUGUGAGCCUGCUGGGGGUCAUCUACUGUAUCAGUUGCUCCCAUUGUGGCCUCCUGUAUAUCAGUAAGAUCCAACGUAGAUUGAGAAACUGCUUUGCCGAGCAGCUAUACUCCAUCUGCCUAAGAAAGUCGGAUCUACUGGUGGCCACCCAUCUCAAUUCUACUUCACAUUCUCAUUUUGACAUGUCGGACCAUGGCCUCCUCUACUGCCACAAUGAGGCCACACUCAGCUUGGAGGUGCAACACCUUGUAUUCUACCUGGGUAGCCUCCAACCUGAUGGCAUGAACAUCAAUUUCUUGAGCUUCCAGUAAUGGAGCCCUCCCCUUCACCAUUCCCCAUUUCUUUUUCCCCUCUCCCACCUCUUACCUGCCCAUGACCUCUCUCUGGUACCCCUCCAUCUUCCCUUUUAUCCAUGGUCUUCUACCCUCUUAUCAGAUUGCCCCUCCUCCAGCCCUUUAUCUCUUUCACCAAUCAACUUCUCAGCUAUUUACUUCACCUGCCCCCCCCUCAGUUUCACCCGUCACCUACCACUUAGUACUUCUUGCUCCCCACAAAGCUUCUUACUCUGACUUCAUCUUUUUUCCAGUCCUGAAGAAUCUUGGCUCAAAAUGUCAGCUGCUUACUCUUGUCCAUAGAUGCUGCCUGGCCUGCUGAAUUCCUCUAGCAUUUAGUAUGUGGUGCUUUGGAUUUCCAGCAUCUGCAGAUUUUCUCAUGCAUAUAUUUCAGUUAUUUAGAUGGAUUUGUGAAGUUACUGUUAAUAGAAAACUAAUUACUUCCCUGCAUAAUCUUAUGGGACAAGAUUGCCCUCAUGCAUGUAAUAUGCUGAGUAGUUAAAAAGUAAACUGGAAUGAUGCUCAGUGUCUUGUCAUUUAUUUAACUAAAGGUCACCUCUAAUCAGGAAGAAUAUCCUGAUUUUGUGGUACCAAAAUUAGUUUGUUAUAUUUUGCAGGUGGGCAUAAGGGAGGAGAGUAUAUAGCUUGAGCUUCAAGUUUUUAAUUUCCAUGCUU